AUGCAGCCGGCUUUCUCCGCCGCGCUGCUCGCCGCCUUCCUCGUCGUGCUGGCUUAUUCAGCCGUGAGCUGCCGCGGUCAGCUAGCCAACAACUACUACGCCGGCAAGUGCGGCAACUUCAGCGUGGAGGCCAUCAUCCACGACGCCGUCAAGGCCCGCCUCGCGUGGGAUAAGAGAAUGGUCGCCGGCCUCCUCCACCUGCAGUUCCACGACUGCUUCGUCGCCGGGUGCGACGCGUCGAUCCUGCUGGACGGGCCCAAUACGGAGAAGACGGCACCGGAGAACAGUGGCAUCUUCGGUUACGACUUCAUCGACGACGUCAAGACGGCGCUCGAGAGAGUAUGCCCCGGCGUCGUCUCCUGCGCUGACAUCAUCAUCGCCGCAACAAGGGACGCCGUUGGUAUGUGCGGAGGGCCGAGCUACCAAGUGCAACUGGGCAGAAGGGACGGCAUGGUGUCACAAGCGUCAAUGGCGAGCAUUCUGCCGGGCCCCAACGUCGAUGUCCCCACUGCUAUCGAUCUAUUCGGACGGAAGGGCAUCAACGCCUUCGAGAUGGUCAGCCUGAUGGGCGCGCACACGGUGGGGGUGACACACUGCUCCGUGAUCCACGACCGGCUGUUCAACUACAAUGGCUCCGGCUCGCCGGACCCGGCCAUGGACCCUAUGUACGUGUGGAUCCUGACGACGUUCGCGUGCCCUAAGGGCCAGGCCUACGACAACAUCGUCUACCUGGACGACCCCUCCAGCAUCCUCCUCGUCGACAAGAGCUACUACUCCCAGAUCAUGAAGCGCCACGGCGUGCUGUCCGUGGACCAGGCUCUCGGCGACAACAACGCCACCGCGUGGAUGGUGAACUUCCUCGCCACCACCGACUUCUUCCCCUCCAUGUUCAGCCACGCGCUCAACAAGCUUGCCGCGCUCGACGUCCUGACCGGCACCGCCGGCGAGAUCAGGACAAACUGCCGGAGGACCAACUGA